AUGCCUCCAAUCGGAUUGUCUAUUGCCCAAUGCGAACAGAUGAAGGCUCGUGUCAUCGACGAGUUCGAAACCGAGAUCGUCAAGAAGCCGCUGAGCAGAUUCGUCGAUUCCAAUGCUUUCAAGAAUAUCGUUAAGGACAUCGACACAUUCAUCUUCGAUGCUGAUGGUAAGUUAUCCUUGUUUUUGUUGGUUUUGUUUAGGUUUUUGGGAAGAAUUCUUUUGAAUUUGAGAGAAUAGGUAUUAAUCUAUCUUUUCUUGUAGCCGCUAGAAUCUAGAUUGUCUUUUAGAAUCAGAAAUUCUAUAAAAUUCACUGGUUUUCGAUAUUAUCCACGGUGUUUUUAAAAUUUAGCUCAAAUCUUUUUGAAUAUAAGAAAAUAUUACCUAAAUUAGUUUUAUAUUAAAGAGGAAAAAAUGCCCUAACUUUUAACGUAAAAUUCAAAGGUUUAUCUUUAGUUAUAAUCUAUUUUUUUGACGUUUAGGCCUAACUUUAGGUACCAAAUUUUGAAAUUUCGAAGAUUUCGCAAAAAUUUCGAAAUUUUGUUUUGUUUUUUGGGCCAAAGUCUAAUUCCCCGUAAAUAUAAAAGGAAAUUGUUUAUGAAAAGAAGUAAACAAGCCCGUCUGGGAACAUAAAAAGAUAGCGGGUUCAGAGAACAUAACUUGUUUACAUUGUAACACUAACUUUAACGAUAGACUGAUAAGAUUAAUAGGUUUUUCGGACUGUAACAAAAAAGGUCUGAUAACAAUAUAGCUAUAACAACAUGAUAGUUAGGGGUUCAGCGACCAAAAGAUCAGUUUCUGGAUAAUUAUUUUAUAGUAGGCAUUAUUUUAGUAUUUAACAAUAAUUUACUUACUUUUUCAAUUUACAGGUGUUCUAUGGCUUGGAGAAGAAGCUAUUCCUGGUUCCCCAUCAUUCAUCGAAUACUUGAUCAGACUCAACAAGAGAAUCAUCAUCCUCACCAACAAUGCCACCAAGUCCAGAGCCGUCUACGCUAAGAAGUUGGCCAAGCUCGGCUACAACGAUGCUGUCAGCAACAAGCACUCCAUUGUGAACCCAGCUGCCGUCGUUGCCGACACCCUCCACCGCUCCGGCAUCAAAGACAACAACAAGAAGGUCUACCUGAUCGGCGGCCAAGGAGUCAAGGAUGAACUCACUGAGCUGGACAUUGAAUACUUUGGUGAUGGCCCAGACCCAGUUGAGAACCAGGAAUCUGCCCAAGGAGCCGCCUUCUUGUACGACAUUGAACUCGAAGAAGACCUGAACCAAGUCGGAGCUGUUGUUGUUGGAUACGAAAAGCACUUCAACUAUUUGAAGCUCAUGAAGGCCGCCAACUACUUGCAAGAGGAGGAAUGUCUCUUUGUGGCCACAAACGAGGACGAGACCUGUCCCGGACCAAACCCCAACACAAUCAUCCCAGACGCCGGACCAUUGGUGGCAGCCGUCAAGACAGCCGCUGGUCGCGAGCCACUUGUUGUUGGCAAACCAAACACUCCAGCCUUCGAGUACAUCCAACGCCGCUGGAACGUGGACCCCACCCGCACCAUGAUGAUUGGUGACCGCACCAACACCGACGUCAAGUUUGGUCGCGACCACGGUCUUCGCACGAUGUUGGUCCUCUCCGGAUGCCAUCAAGUUGAAGAUAUCCGUGAUAACUUCGACAACGAGCGCAUGGACAUGGUGCCCGAUUUCUACGCCAAGAACCUCGGCUCUCUGGUGCCAAAGAAGCCGGCACAGGCCUACUACUAA